UUUCAGGUUUUGGUUCAUCGAACAGUUCAUUGAGAAUCACGAGUCACGGGCAGCCAAUCAUCUCUCUCUCACUCUAGAAGAGACCCUUUGUUGAUAGAAAUGGCAUGUUCAUUUCUUUCUUCAGGUAGAUUCUGAAGAAAGGAAUGGAAGACUCCAAGCGCACCCGCAUAAACCCAGAAGCCGAUGAGUCCAAGGAUGUUGUUCGCUUCGACAAGUCUCUUCAAGAACUUAAAGAUUUGCGGUCUCAGCUUCAUUUGGCUGCAGAUUACUGCGAGUCGAGGUUCUCGAACGCAGAAGAGAAGAGGAUGGUUGUUGACAACACUAAAGAGUACAUAUGCAAGGCCAUGGUCACAGUGGUCGAUCAUCUCGGGAAUGUCUCUGCUAAUCUCAAUUGCUGCCUUUCCAAUGCCUGUGAAUUCUCUAGUACGGAGCUUCGGAUUGACUGCCUGAAGCAAAGACUUGUGUUGUGUGAAGGGUAUGUUAACAAGCUUGCUCUGACCGGAGUCCAAUGGAAUGCUGUUCUGCCAAGACACAAUCCUAGAUACUUAUUAACUUCUGUCAAGAAUGUCGAGACGUCAAAGGAGGUCAGGAGGGAUUCUGAGAACCAAACGCCAGAAGUCGGAGAGAAUCAAGAGCUCAAAACAGAGGAGGGCUUGCCACUUUUCUUGUGUACCCAUACGAACAAGCCAUCACUUGCCAAGAACUUAACAGCACAAGCUGAUGGGAGGAAGACAGAUGCUAAUGCAAUAAUAGUUCCUGUCCGCAAUGGCCUGUCCAUACUGUCGAAAAGCUUGAACCCUACUUUCCAUUUCCAGGGUGCUCCAAAACUCGGACGCAACGCCCCGAUCAGAAAGUCGGCUCAUAGUAGUGACAUCCUAUCUCUAAUUCGACGCGUUAGACAGACAGCAUGAGGGCUAUCCAUGGUGUGACUCCAUUUGCUGGGUGAAUCGCAACUAUUUUCUGGAGCCUCAGGGUGAUCAAGUUUGCAGUUCAAUGGAUGAGGCCCCCAUUCACUAGCCAAAAUUGCUCAGUUGCUGUAUCUUGAGAUGAGAUAGGAUUCUGUAUAAUAAAAAUGCUCAGUUUCGCAGUUUCUGAACUUGCAUUCUAAGCUCCUGUCCUAAAUCCCUGUGACAGAAACCAGAGAACCCUCAAUAUCACCAGACACACAACAUAAACAUCAUUUUCACCAA